AUGGAGCUGCAAGCACCGCUGCUGCCGACUUUGAGGCGUGCGCUUCUCGCCACCAUCCAUGGAUACUAUCUGGAGGCUCUUGCCUGGCUGCCCAAGGACAAACUGCGGGGCUCGCACCAGUACCUUUACAGCUUGCUCCACGCCGGCCACUGCUACGGACCGCUUGACCCCGUCUCCAACAUCAUCGUCAACACCCUCUGGCAUGCCCAAGCCUACCCACUAACGCUAGAGAAAAAGAUUGAGAUCGAGGCCAUCAGCACCAGAGCCCUGCUGCGGAUCGCGCUCCGAUCGCUCUAUGGCCUCAUCUCCUUCCUUUGCACCCGCCACCCCGCCCUCACGCCGGGCGAAGCCAUGCAACGACUGCAGCUGGCCAGGGCCUAUCUCCAAAAUGCCGAUGAUCGCGAUCACGAUGGUGGUGUCGAAGAAGCCUACGCGGCUGCUGCCAAUGCCGCACGCCACCCGAAACCUCUUGAACAGGCCCACUUCCUCGGACCAUCUAAUUCCAUGCUCAAAGGCUUCUCGGAUCUCCUCGAGCACAAUAAACCUUCCAACGUCCGCCCAUUGUUUCCGGGCUACUUUCAAGCUCUUGCCAACUGCAAACCUCCACAAGAAAUAAAAAACACCAACGUGCUAGGCCCGUGGGCUUACAAUGAUGCAAUGAGAAUGAUAGGCAACUUCUGGAACCAGCACAACAGCGCCGUGGGAAUGGCGAAAUCUGCAAUAGAGAUGUACAACAUGAAAAGCCAGGUACCCAGCUACGAGGUCCAUGUUGUCUGCGGUGUCAACGAGUCCGUGGGUGGCCAUGCGAACCCAACGAAGCCCUUCGAUGGCACGUGCUGUUGCUCCCACAUCAACUUCCUCGCCACCCGGACUGCAGCAGCAGGCACAUCUCCCGAGCUCUUCUUUGCCGAGUGUAGCAACAUCGGCUCUAAGGAGGUGCUGUUGUGCUGCCCUGUGGCUAUGCCACUUCCAGGCACUGAGCAAGUACGUUGCCUUUACUGUGAGUCCAGAGGGAGGACCAUCGUGCACCCGACGAAGGAGAGUUUCCUGGGGCGUGACAAAGAGUUUGAGAAGAUGCUCUGCGGUGAAAGACAGCGCGCCAACAAUGAAAUGAUCUCUGACAGCUACUAUAUAACCUUGGGUUUGGAUAAUCUGGAGGAGGACCGAAUCUACGGCGAUUACAGCUGCGACAGUGGACUCCAAGAGGACGUGCCAUUGCCUGAGAUAAAUUAA